AUGGGUCAAUGGGCCCCGUCAAGCGAGCAUGGACAGAAAGACGGAUGGUCGUCCAGGGAGAGUGGGUCAGUAGGCCCGGUCAAGCUAGCAUGGAAAGAAAGACGGAUAGUCGUCAAGGGAGAGUGGGUCAGUAGGCCCGGUCAAGCUAGCAUGGAAAGAAAGACGGAUGGUCGUCAAGGGAGAGUGGGCCCGGUCAAGCUAGUAUGGACAGAAAGACGGACGGUCGUCCAGGGAAGUGUUGGCCCGGUCAAGCGAGCAUGGACAGAAAGACGGAUGGUCGUCAAGGGAGAGUCUGUCAUGGUACACACUACUGUUAGACGAACGGCGUCUGCUGACAGUGGGCUGUCCAUGAAACGGCUGCCAGGUUCUGCCAUAGCCAAAAAUGAGAUUAUAAAACUCACCCUUAUCCCCAUUUUAUUUCUAACAGCUAGUCAUACAAAGACCAAGAAUACAGAAAUAACCGAAUGGAUAUGGUUCGAUGGCAGUUACUCCAAAGACCAAGUAAGCCUCCUACCCAAUAAAACAACAAACAGGGCUUAUCCUGGUGCUCGCUACUAUACCACUUCAUGGACUAACUAUGAUGGCAAUAUCUGGCUAUUUGGUGGUACUGGAUUCGAAAGGAAAAGCGAUAGCGCUUCUCAGUUGAAUUCCUUAUGGCACUAUUCUGCAACAACUGGAAAUUGGGAAGUAUACCUUGGUGAUCGUUCGAAAAAUACACCUAAACCACGUAGUCGAGCUGCAUCGUGCGGAAUACAUAAUAAACUUUUUGUAAUUUUUGGUGGAUUUUCUGGCCAAAUGAAGGCUUUAGAUGAUUUAUGGCUAUUUAGUAUACAAGAUAAAAAUUGGACUAAAAUUGAACAACGUCCCAAGUCCUAUCCCAAAGCGCGCUCAAAUGCUGCUUAUUGGUGCUAUAAUGGUGUCAUGUGGGUAUAUGGUGGAAGAAAUACCAUCGGUGAAGCAUUUGACGACUUUUGGAAACUCGAUUUAUUAACAUUAACAUGGAAAAAGUUGUCCAUUAAGAAUCAUCAAACACCAGGUAGUCGGUAUGGAGUCAUAACCUGGACUGUUUUAGACAAUCUCUACUUAUAUGGUGGCCAUACAGGUUCAAAUUUUGAAGGACAUGCACAUCUAUUACGUGGUAUGUCAUCCGAUCUUUGGGCAUUUUCUGUUAAAAGUCAAAAUUGGAUUAAACUGGCCGGUAGUAAAGGGAUUAAAAGUGCUCAGCAUGGUGCAAUUCAUGUAGCUAAUAAAAAAAAUGCCCCUGGUUGCUUAGCAGACGCUGCAUCAUGGACUGACAACAAAGGUAAUUUAUGGAUGUAUGGUGGUGCUGGCUGUGGAUCAUACGUUGCAUCAACGGAUAGACUAUAUGAACCAGCCAAAUUACUUUCCAAUAUUUGGCAAUAUAAAGUCAACGACGAUGUAUGGAUAUGGCACGGGAAUAAUACAAAUAAACAUGGUAUUGCAAGCUAUGGUCAAAAGGGCCAGCCUAGUGCUAGGAACUUUCCAAGUAUUCGAGCUGGUGCUGCAGCUUGGAGUUUCAAUGGAACUGCCAAUCUAUUUGGCGGUAUCGGUCACGAUCGAGAUGGAAAGGACGGUUACCUUAAUGACAUGUGGCUUUAUGGCAUAAAAGAGUCUGCCGAUGAUACGUUAUUACACUGGAAGUAUCCUUUUAAAGUACCUACAUCGAUGUAUAAUUCCUUCACCAUAUUAUGUGUUGGUGUAUUACUCCUUGUCUUUAUUUAUGCAUUGGUUCGAUAUCGAAGAAAUGGCCCAGGAGCCAAAAAGAAAGACAAGAGACGCUAUCGCUAUACUACACUAGCUGAAGGCGAUCAAGAAACGUAA